CGCCGUCAGCGAUUUUGUUCCGUCUGAGUACGAUUUCUUCUACUUGCCCAUGGACUUCAGUACCGGCGCCAAUCUAGGUUACGCGUUCGUGAACUUCACCACCGCCAUCGGAGCGUCGAGAUUCGAAGCCUCGUUCCAAAACUACAAGUGGGAAGAGCUGGUGCGGCCGCCCAACUGGAGAAAAGUCUGCAAAAUCGUCGCCGCUAAAUUUCAG